UCUCUCAGAAAAAGCCACUGCUUGCUCAAGAGUGCAACCAUGACAAGCUACAGCAGUUCCUUCAGCAGUAGCUCCUCUCGGGGCCCCGGUUUAGGUGGAUCCUCUCGGCUUUCCACAAUGAGCAGUGGCGGUGGGCUCCGCUCGAUGACUUCGCGUGCUCCAAGCAUGUAUGGAGGUUCUGGAGGAUCUGGUGUGCGCAUCUCCACUGUCUCCGUACGUAGUGUCGGAGGUGCUCCAGGCAUAGGCUUUGGAAGUGGAGCAGGUUAUGGCAGUGGAGGAGGAAGUUAUGGCGCUGGAUCAGGAAGUUAUGGCAGUGCAUUAAGCUUUGGUUUGGGAGGUGCUGGAGGAGCUGGUGGAGGAGGUGGGUUUGGCUUUGGUGGGGGUUUUGGUGGUGAAGAUCUGGGCAUGGGGGCGACCAAUGAGAAGGCCACUAUGCAGAACCUGAAUGACCGCCUGGCAUCCUACCUGGAAAAGGUACGCAGCCUGGAGAAGGCCAAUGCUGACUUGGAACUGAAGAUCAGACAGUUUGUUGAAAACAAGGCCUCCCCUGCUGCUCGAGACUACUCCGCUUAUGAGGCUAUCAUAAAGGACCUUCAGGAUAAGAUCCAGGAUGCUACCAGAGAUAAUGGACAAAUCUACCUGAGCAUUGACAAUGCUAAACUGGCAGCAGAUGAUUUUAGAACCAAGUAUGAGAAUGAGUUGGCCAUGCGUCAGUCAGUGGAGGCAGACAUUGCUGGGCUUAGAAGACUCCUGGAUCAGCUGACACUGACGAGGUCUGACCUGGAGAUGCAGAUUGAAGGUCUUAAGGAUGAGUUGAUCUUCCUCAAGAAAAACCAUGAGGAGGAACUGGAAGUAUUGCGUAGUACCAUGUCAGGUAGUGUGAACGUGGAAGUGGAUGCAGCGCCUGCCGAAGACCUGAAUCGCGUCCUGGCUGAUAUUCGUGAACAGUAUGAAACUGUGGCUGCUAAGAACCAGCGUGAACUAGAGGGAUGGUUCCAGUCCAAGAUAGAUAAUCUGAACAAGGAGGUGGCCUCCAGCUCAGCAAAUCUAGAAACAUCCAAGACAGAGAUCACUGAGGUCAGACGCACUUUACAAGGUUUGGAAAUUGAGCUACAAUCCCAACUCAGCAUGAAAGCAUCUCUGGAGGGUGCUCUAGCAGAUACCGAGGCACGCUACGCCAUGAAACUAGCUGGACUGCAAUCUCAGGUGACAGGACUGGAGAAUCAGCUGGUCGAGCUGAGAGCUGAUAUAGAGAGGCAAUCUCAGGACUACAAGCUUCUGCUGGAUGUCAAGACCCGACUGGAGAUGGAGAUUGGUCAGUACAGGAGUCUGCUGGAUGGAGAGGGUGCGAGUGUCAAAACAUUCAACCCUAAAAGUGUGACGGUGAAGACGAUUGAGGAAGAGGUGGUUGAUGGUAAAGUGGUGUCAUCCAAAACUUCUUAAAUCCAGUGUGGCUAUGCUCAACAGCCUGAAACAACCUGAUUUCAACCAAUCUUAAUUUCAACAUGCAUUAUUCAUGCGAAAUAAUCUGCACUGGAAUGAAAAAAAUAAAAUCACACAUUGGGACAACU